AUGGCAGAUCGUACAAGUCCUAAAGGCAGCACCGGAGAUUUUGCCAAAAAAGUCCAAAGACGGCUGAGCAGAGGCAAAGAAAAGGUGCUACAGAAGCUUGGAAAGUCUGAAGAGACCCGGGAUGAUCAAUUUGAACUUUUUGCCCAACAAUUCAAUGACCAACAGAUUGAUGGCAAUAGAAUUUACAAAGACCUGAGGAACUACAUCGAAGCCGUCAGAGACAUGCGAGAGGCCUCGAGACGUCUUUCACAGUCCCUGUUUGAUGUUUAUGAAAGUGACUGGGUGGGACAAGAAGACAUAGGAGCCAUAGUGGAGGGGGAGGAUCUUCUCUGGAAUGACCACGAGGUGAAGUUAUUGGACCAAGCCGUUCGCACUAUGGAGUCCUAUGCAGGCCAAUUCCCAGAUGUCCGGGAGAAAGUGGCCAAGAGGGGUAGGAAACUGGUGGACUACGACUCAACCCGUCACCAUCUGGAAUCCUUGCAGAUGGCCAAAAAGCGAGAUGACAUCAAGAUCCUCAAAGCCGAAGAAGAGAUGGAUGAUGCUAAACGUGUUUAUGAGCGAAUCAACAAUGAGCUGAAAGAGGAGCUUCCUGUGCUGCAUGACAGUCGAAUCGGAUGCUACGUGACCGUUUUCUCUGCGAUAUCGAGUUUAAGAGACAUUUUCUACAAGGAAAUGAGAACGCUCAACAUGGAUCUUCACAAUGUGGUGAAGGAACUUCAAGGACAGUAUCCAGACAAAGUGUUUGCUGUCAAUGGAAUACAAAGGUAUGGCUCCCUGAGGAGACGAACUCUGAUGUCCCCUAGGGCUUGGAAAGCCAGCUUUUCAGAGUUCCACAGGAAUUACAAUCCAAAAAGUGGUCCAAGAUUCAGUUUUAGGUCCCCGGAAAAACCUCGUCACAGUACUUUGUCCAGAGAAAGUAGCACCAUUGCAGUCUCCCCACUGUCACCAACUCUUGAGAGCCCGACUGAGUCGAGCCGUGUUGAGAUGCAUGAUCUAUGUGCGCAAGAGGAUGCUGUGGAAGUGGAGAACAAACCAGUGCCAGAAAAAGAAGAUCCCAAUCGGGAACAUGAAGAGGAUUGUUUGAAGGUAGAAGAAGAGUCUGAAGCAAAAAGCCCCGGACAGCAAGAAGAGAAGAAACAAGAUUCUCCGCCCAGCGAGAGCAGCUGUGAGCUGAACAACUCGUGUGACUCUGAGAGUUUGGAGCUGCAGCUGACCACAGGAGAUGACGAUCUGCUGCACGUUGACGACUCGGGCCGCAGCUGUGAUUCUCUCAAGGCCAAAGGACAAGAGAACGGAGACGUUUCGGGGCUUAAAUCUGAAGAACUGGACAAGGCAGCUUCUGCAGACUCGAAGAGUACAGAGGUGUAA